AUGGCAUUGGAGCCGUCUAGAGAGUUGGAGUCGAGUUCGGGACGUCGAGACUCGAUGACGUUGAUGUGGGAAGCUUCUAAGCUCAAGAUAUCAUUUAACCCGUCGGCUGGAGAAGUUCAUCGUCGAGAGCGAGGAGCGCCGUGGCGAAUCAAGGCAGACGAAGAGAUUGCUUCGCUAAAUGUGCAGGCAAAAGAGGACCAGCAAGAGAAGCGUCGAUGGGGCCUCGCCAAACAGGUUCAGGACGGCCUUUUGCACAACUUCAACAUUAACUACGGCGUUGCUGAGCUCGCCACGGUGAUCAAAGGAGGCAUGUUACUGAAGAGCAACGCACCAGCUCGAGAUCUAAGCCCACACGAGGUAGCCCAGGUUCAAUUUCUAGCUGCAGUAGAGAAGUAUGACCUCAAACAGAUUGUCUUAUUGCUGGAUAAAUUCCCAAAGGGUCGAGCGGGAGGAAAACGACAGUAA